CAUUUCAUAGUUGGCGCCCCCCACCAAUCAGGAGCCCGCUCGCCACAUGUCUCCACACCCCGAUACACACUUGGACGCCGACGACAUUUCCAUCACAUCGACGGUCGAGGGCGAGCCCGCUGACGACGCAGUCUACGCAGUCGAGGAGAUUCUGGCCGAGAAGUGGGACGUCUGGGACGAUGACGAUCCUUCCCAGCCCGCCUUCCGCGGUAUCAAGUACCUGACCAAAUGGGAUGGCUAUCCACUUCACGACCUCCUAGGCACUUGGGAGCCUGUAUCGGCCUUUAUUGUUCCUGAUGAUGGUGGCAACAAUCCACCCGGGACACCACCAUUGCUCCGAACAUGGUACGAUAGUAAGAAGUCUAUGGGCGAACCUCACUUCUACAGGUAUUGUCGAAAGAACAUAGACGACUUCCAUGCCGCAAUUGAAACUGCAGAAACUGCCAGGGCGGCCAGAAAAGCAAAGCGCGAUGAGAAGCGACAGAGGCUUGCCUUGACAAAGCAACGGUCGGCACUCUUUGUGUCGGACAGCGAAGACGAAGAUGGGCGUGCUGCAUCAAAUCGACCGCAGAAUCAGAACCUUCCACAACAAGCUACCGCCACGCGCAAACCACCUUUAGUGCAGUCGGAUCUAUCAUCAUCUGAGGAAGACCUAAUAGAUGACUCAAUGAUGGCUGAAUUGGGUAAAAUUUCGAAAAAGACGACAUGCAGUUCACUUGGAACCAAGGGUUCAGCUAGUCAUGGUCAAUCAAGACGCAAUUCAUUGCAGUCACCAUGCAGCCCGACUAAACGCACUGCGGCGCCUGUGAGCAAAGAACCAGUUGCAAAAGCAAAUCAAACCAAGCAGGCAGCCAACAAGGAACCACAAAAACCAUCUCAAUCUCUAAAUGAUGCAGUUUCGCAGAGUAGUGAACCAGCUGCGGCGGCGCCUGCUCGUGCCUCUGAUACUUCAGUUGCUUCUGUAGAGAGGCCGGCCAACUCGGCUAGUCAGGGAAGUGCCAACAAGGCCAAACGUAGUGGUGCCAUAAAGGUGGUUAAUCAACCAAAGAUGCAGUUGCGUAGUGAAUGGACAAAGGGCCAAAAGGCAUUUUCCACUUUACACUUCCGAGCAGUGGCACAAAAGCGGUCGCGUGCUGAAGGCACGCCUGAUCCAGCAGCGCUCGAGAUUGUAAAUGGCCCGUCUGGUAGCGUCAAGCCAAAACCACCGGUCCCACAUGAUGAUCCCUAUGCUCGCCGCGAGGUUCGCCAGAGCCGUACAAGGAGUAUAGAGAGCAAUGAUGCUCGGCGAGGGUCUAGGAGUGAGAUUUUGACUGACGAGAAUGUUCCUCUAGCACCCUGGGAAGUGAACAAGGUCCCACAGGUGUGUGCCGAAUGGCGGCUCAGCAACAAUUGUCCAAAGACUGCUCAGGCUUGCAUCUUUCUGCAUCGUAACAAGGACCCCGACGGACACGAUUACCCUGUAGGCCAUGCUGGAGGUUUAAUACCCCCAAAAUACCGCAGGCCACCUCUUACAUGCACCCACUGGCUGUACGGGAAAACUGGCUGUUUUAAGACAGCUGACAAGUGUCACUUUGCCCACCGAAAUACUGGCUGGGUACCAAACGAAAAUCAUCCUAGCGAGAACGCCACUCGAAUCGACAAAAACAUAAAACCGCCGCACAAUGAGCGAACACAUGGUACGCUAAAGCCAGUGAAGAGUAUGGACAGGCUGGCCCCCCGGGAUUUGACAUGCUGGUACUGGGCCAAUGAUGUGUGUCGAAAUACUGCGGAGAGCUGCCAGUUUCAACAUUAUGAUACUGGAAUUCCUGCUCGUGCUCCGCAUCACCACAUCGAAUCUUCUCUUCGUCUUCUGCCAGACAGGGGCAACGAUGUGUCUACAGAUAAAGCGACUCUGCAAGAUUCUAAAACUACUGUCGAGGCACCAAAGGAGACCCUGGCGCCUACAGACGAUGAUGUAACUCGUCCUCAGUCGCCUGAGGUUAUAGAGCCUGCGGAGUCUGUGGAGUUUGGUGCACCCGAAGCAACGUGUGAGAAAAUGCAAAAGAGGAUUGAGUCAGUGUGCGAUCUCAACUUUGAAGAAUUAUUUGGCAGUAAUAAUUGUGAGAGAGGGAUCAAGCUAAUGGACCGUCGAGCUUUCCUGGUUUACCACUCGGAAGAGCAUGCGGAGGAGCUGGAGUUGAUUACUCGGUGGCUGCUGAUGCACCACGUCGAGGUCAGUGGUGUGCAUUUUCCAGGCGGGUGGACGAAAUUUCAGCAGGAAAUCAAGAACGAAGGGUCUGGCGUCAUUAUCGUACACGCUGGCUUCGAGUACUUCACCGAAUUACCUGGUCUGGGCGAUAUGCUCUGUCAUGAAGUUCGUGUCUGGUCGCUUGGCAUGCAGGAAGGUAUCGAGUACGAUCCUGCCUUGUCACUUGAUCCACCCGUGUACCGCUAUGGCGCGGUGGAAAUCUUCCCCGUCGGCGGGCUCAUCUAUAUUACCGACGAGGUAUUUGACAGGGAACCGCAAGUCGCCUUGAAAAUCAUGGAGCUGUUCUUUGCGAAGAUUGAAAAAUUGAAGCAGUACAAGGGCCUGCCGAGUGGGGGACGCCAGGUGGAAACGGCAAAUCUACUCUGGCGUCUGUGUGUCCGCCCAGAACUAAUGAAGUAUCUAUUUGAUUACUGCGAGAAGUACGCGGAUCGGGUCGACAGUGGUGACGUAGAAAUGCAGAGCCGUGCCCGCCUCUACACUCUUCUCGCCGAAAGCCAGUAUAUUGAGCAAGACCACCCCUCGGAGCCCCUCAGUCGUGUGCCCGACAAAUUCCCCGUCUUAUCAGAGCGGCGCAUCAUCGCAGACAGCGAGCCAGUGACGUACUUCAAAACAGUUAAACGCGACCCGGCCGCAGCCAAUCUAAACAUGAUGCGCUACUUUGCGGGUUUGCACGUCGACUUGCGGCGCGACUAUCGGCAUUUUUUCUUGGUGCAUACAGAUGCCCAGGCGGGCGUUGUGCAGCAGUGGCGAGACGAGAUUCAAACGAUUGGCCGGGUGAUGUCGCCGCGGCAGUGUGUGCAGGAGUUGGAAAAGGAGAGUCGAGUUAGCAUGAUUGAUUUUUAUGAGCGGUUCUUGGGAGAAUGAAAAAGAGGGGGUGAGCAUUUAGGGCGGUUGAGAGAGAAAGAUAGAGAAAAAACGGUACAUCAAUGCAACUGGUUCUCAGA